AUGGUUCUAGGUGUGUUUCUGGGGCUUGUUCUCGCAUGUCUGCUUCUCCUUUCACUAUGGAGGCAGAACUCUCAGAGAAGAAAGCUUCCUCCUGGCCCCACUCCUCUCCCAAUCAUUGGAAAUAUUCUUCAGGUGGAUCUUAAGAACAUCAGCAAAUCACUGAGGGAUCUUUCAAAAGUCUAUGGUCCUGUGUUCACUUUGUACCUGGGCAGCAAGCCUGCUGUGGUGUUGCAUGGGUAUGAAGUUGUGAAGGAAGCUUUGAUAGACCAUGGAGAAGAGUUUUCUGGAAGAGGAAGCCUCCCAGCGGUUGACAAAAUUAAGAAAGGCCUUGGAAUUAUUUUUAGCAAUGGAAAGAACUGGAAAGAGACAAGACGCUUCUCACUCAUGACUCUGAGGAACUUUGGGAUGGGGAAGAGAAGCAUUGAGGAGCGUGUUCAAGAGGAAGCUCGCUGUCUCGUAGAGGAGCUGAGGAAAACCAACGGUGCACCAUGCGAUCCCACCUUCAUCCUGGGCUGUGCUCCCUGCAAUGUCAUCUGCUCCAUUAUUUUCCAGAAUCGUUUUAAUUAUAAAGAUCAGGAUUUUCUUAACUUGAUCAACAUUUUAAAUGAAAAUGCCAAUAUUUUGAGUUCCCCUUGGAUGCAGGUUUGCAAUAAUUUUCCUGUUAUCACUGAUUAUCUACCAGGGAGCCAUGCUAAAUUACUUAAAAAUUUCACAUUCUUAAAACAUUAUUGUUUGGAAAAAGUUAAAGAACACCAAGAAUCACUGGAUAUUAAUAAUCCUCGGGACUUCAUUGAUUGUUUCCUGAUCAAAAUGGAGCAGGAAAAACACAACUCAAACGUCGAGUGCACUUACGAUAACUUUGCAGUCACCACAUCUGAUCUGUUUGCUGCUGGGACAGAGACGACAAGCACAACACUGAGGUACUCUUUGCUGCUCCUGCUCAAGCACCCAGAAGUCACAGCCAAAGUCCAGGAAGAGAUUGACCAUGUGAUUGGUAGAAACAGAAGCCCCUGCAUGCAGGACAGGACUCACAUGCCCUACACUGAUGCUGUGUUGCAUGAGAUUCAGAGAUACAUUGACCUCGUUCCUACCAGCCUGCCCCAUGCAACGACCUCUGAAAUUAAGUUCAGAAAUUAUCUCAUUCCCAAGGGUACCACUGUAAUAACAUCACUGACAUCUGUGCUGAAUGAUGACAAAGAAUUCCCCAACCCAGAAAGGUUUGAUCCUGGUCACUUUCUGGAUGAGAAUGGCAAGUUUAAGAAAAGUGACUACUUUUUUCCUUUCUCAGCAGGAAAACGGAUUUGUGUAGGAGAGGGCCUGGCCCGAAUGGAGCUAUUUUUAUUCCUGACCACCAUUUUGCAGAACUUUCAUCUGGAAUCUCCAGUUGACCCAAAAGACCUUGAUACCACCCCAGUUGUCAGUGGUCUUAUUGCUGUGCCACCCAAGUUCCAGAUUUGCUUCAUCCCAGUCUGA